UUUGUUUUCGCCAUUGGAAUAUAAUAUUUUCAUUGGAGUUAACUCCAUCGUCGUGUUAAGGUUUCUUUACUUAUGCCUGUAUUGUCCUUCGGCAGCGUCAAAGUUAAUAACUUGAUACAGGUUUAAGAGUGAAGUUUUAUAUUUUUUUAAACAUUCAGCAAGCAAUGGGUGCAUUUAAAAAUCAACGUAUUACAAAAUUUUUAGAAAUGUCCAAGGUUUUAAUUUGGAGUCUGGUGCUGAUUGUGCUAGUGGCAGCCGAUGAUUAUCCAUUGCCAUUUGAACGAGACUUCCCAGAAGUUUUUCGAGGCCAAACAUCUAGAAGCGGAGAGGAAGUCUACAGACUCCCGACAAAUGUGCUACCUAUAGAAUAUGACAUUUUUAUUGAUCUUUAUUUCGCUGAGAGAGCCGAAAAGCCGUUCAGCUACGAUGGACGUGAAUACAUUAUUAUUCAGGCUCUAGAAGAUGAUGUCACCCAGAUUGUUUUACAUUCGAACGUGGACUAUAUUAGUACUAUCAGCAUUUUCGCCGACGGAACACCUGUACCUCUAAUAGCAGAUAAACCAUUUGAGCUUGUACACCAAUAUCAUUUCCUGAAGAUCAAUAUGGUCCAACCAAUGUUGGUUGGCUUGAAUUACACGCUGUUUAUUAGCUACUCCAGUACUAUGAAUGAAGGCCCAAUGAAAAGGGGUAUAUGGCGCGGAUGGUACAUUGAUGAAAAUGACGUUGAAAGGGUCUACGCAACUACACAUUUCCAACCCUACAACGCAAGACAGGCAUUCCCUUGCUGGGAUGAGCCAUUCUUUAAAGCCGUAUUUACCUUGCAUCUGUCUCGGUCAACAUCUUAUGUGGGUCGUUUCUCAAAUACUGCUAGUGCCUCUGUCACCGCACUAUCUAGUGGUCGUGUUCAAGAUAACUUUCUUCCUACUCCAAAAAUGUCAUCUUAUCUAGUAACAUUUCUAGUCAGUGAAUCUUUUCAAGUGAUCGCAGAAGAUAAAUCGUUCACUCCAGCCAUCAGGAUCAUAGGCAGAUCCAAUGCUAUUGGAAUGGGAAACCAUGCUUUGAACUUAGCAGUUAAAAUGACUAGUUUCUUUGACGAUUACUUGCAAAUGCCAUAUGCCACAUUGAACCCAAAUUUGAUGAACGAUCACAUCUCAUCUCCGGAUUGGGCUUCAGCUGGCACUGAGAAUUGGGGGAUGGUUAGCUACAGGGAGCUUCACAUGUUCAUUAACCCCAGAGAGACAGUUGUGUCUGCAGAACACUACUCAGCUACUUUGAUUUCGCAUGAACUCGCACACAAGUGGUUCGGAAACCUCAUCACUUGCUAUUGGUGGAGCAACACGUGGAUUAAUGAGGGAUAUGCUAGCUACUUUGGAUACAUUGCUACUAAUGAGAUGUUUCCGCAGUAUAGGUUUGAUGAUCACUUUAACAACCGUUAUCUUCAGGCAUCACUUUCUUAUGACUCUAGCGCUUCCACUGAGCCUAUGAAUCAUGAAGUUAAUACUCCAGCCCAAGUAACUGCUCAUUUCGGCACUAUAAGUUACUCUAAAGCUGCUUCAUUUUUGAGAAUGACUGUAGAUAUCAUGACUCCAGAAACGUUUAGAAAAGCUAAUCAAUACUUCUUGAGGACUAAUGCAUACGAACCUACAAAUCAAUACGACCUUUAUGAUGCGUUUAUGAAAGCCAUCAAUGAAGAUAUGUCUUUGGCUCCUUAUAGUGAUUUCAAUUUUACUGAGUACUAUCGCACAUGGGUUAAUGAACCAGGAUAUCCUAUCCUUUACGUCAAUGUGGAUCAUUCCACGGGAGAUAUAGCACUUAGACAGACACGGUUUUUCCUAAGUCCGUCAGCGACACCCACUGAUCAAGUCUAUCCAAUUCCCAUAACAUUUUCGACGAAGCGUAAUCCGAACUUUGAGACGAGAGCGCAAUACAUGAUGGGUGUUGAGAGGAUGGUGGUAACAAAAGAUGCAGGAGAAGAAUGGGUUAUCUUUAACAAUUUGCAACAUGGUAUAUACCGUGUUAACUAUGAUACACACAACUGGGAAAUGUUGGCUAGUGCCCUUAAAAAUGAUCACGAUAGCAUCCACCAUUUAAAUAGGGCUCAGAUCGUCGAUGAUGUGUUCGCCCUCAUGCGCGCUGAGAAAAUUGCUUACAAUCUGGGCUUCCAAAUUCUUGACUUUUUAAAGCAGGACACGAGUUAUUACGUUUGGUUCCCUGCUAUUUCUGGCUUCAACUGGUUUAGAAAUCGUUUCCUGCAUUUACCUGAAGUUUUGGCUGAAUAUGACGAAAUUCUUCACGAAUUCCUUGACGCAGUGAUCACGGAACUAGGUUACGAUGUACCGCAAAAUGAGACUCUGACCCGUACUUUGAAUCGCUUCUACGUCCUGAGUUUCGCCUGCAGUGUUGGCCACAAAGGCUGUAUUGAUGAUGCUAUCGCCAAGUACCAGACCUACAGGAACGGCAAUCCAGUGAGCCCUAAUAUCCAAAGACAUGUAUUCUGUCAAGGCAUUCUUAAUGGCGGUUAUGAUGAUUGGGCAUAUCUUUAUCAAAAGCGAAUAGACUCUAACAACCAGGCGGCUGCGGUACAGAUGUUGCGCGGACUUGGAUGUACUACUAAUCAACAAGCUAUUGAAAGGCAUCUGAAUUCGAUUCUAAGUGAAGAAGUUAAAGCCCAAGACCGAUUGAACGCGUUCACCUUCCUAUUCCAAGGAGAUCGGGGUAAUGGUAGAGCUGCACUGCCUUUCAUAAAGGAAAGAAUUGAUGACAUAAGGAAAGGGGUGGUUCUUGCUGCAUCGUUCAAUAGCUUUUUAACUAAUUUAGCUAGUAAUAUGGAUGAAGAAGGAUUAGUGGAGUUGGAAGAGUGGCUCCAGACAAACCCUAUUCCCGAAGCUUCUGUAGGUUUGAACGCUAUUACGUCAGCACGAUCCAACAUGCACUGGGGCACGCAGAAUGCUGAUGUAAUACUCACAGCUGCUCGGGGAUCAGCAACUGUCUUCCUACCUACAACCAUAGUGCUGAUUGCUAGCUUAGUUGCUCUAUUUUUAAUAUAGACUAUGCACAAGAAAGUUGAAAAGUAAUCUUGUUAAAAGGCCAAUCCUGCAAGCGCGCUUUUUACAUACGCGUAAUUCAAAUAUAAACUGUGAAAACUCAGAGUAAUUGAUUGACCAAAAAGUCCUUGCGGUUUUUACCACUAUCUAACUUAAAAAAAAACAUUUUUCUUCUAAAAUGUUGUCUAUGGUCAUUUUAAAAACAAAUUCUAGGACACAUUUCGAAAUUACGCGGGAAAGAUUUUAGUUUAUAGCAUGUUUAUAGAGAUGGCA